GCGGGCGCGGCGCGGCACGGGGGCUGAGCGCGGCGGGGAUGCUGCGCCCGGCCGCAGGCUGAGCGCGGGGCGCAGCGGCGGCACCGCCCGAGCGCCGGCGGCAGCAGCGGCGGCAGCAGGAGGAGGAGCCACGGGCGGGGCCGGCUUUGUGAGGAGCAGGCGGCUGCGGCGGGAGCCGGCGGGCGGGCGGGCGGCCGGGCUCCCCCUGCAGCCCGGCCGGGUUCCACUACCACACCUAUUUCCAUGGUAUCAGAAUGUCUUCCAGAGUUUUUACCAAAAAAAUUAGGAAAGGAGAUUAGCAUCUGUCAAAUGGGGCUCCCUCUUCAUUUCUCUCUACACAUCUUUCCUUUGGGGGGAGAAGAGGAGGAGAAUAGCAUGAGAAGUGCAAAAUGUUUCAAAUUCCUGUUCAAAAUCUUGAUAAUAUCAGGAAGGCUCGAAAAAAGGUGAAAGGCAUUCUUGUGGAUAUUGGGCUUGACAGCUGCAGGGAGUUACUACAGAAUCUUAAACAUUUUGAUCCAGGAGAGAAAUAUUUUUGCAACACCUCAUGGAGUGAUGUCUCUCCUUGGGAGUCUGUUGGCAAAAGGAAGAGGUACAGGACAAAGCCUUACUGCUGUAGCCUAUGCAAGUUUUCAUCAAAAUUGCUUACUUCAUUCAAGAAUCAUUUGCACCGUUACCAUGAUGAUGAAAUGGACCAAGAGUUGGUGGUUCCUUGCCCAAAAUGUGCAUUUGUUUCUGAUCACAAAGUAGUGGGAAAGCACCUCAGAAUGUUCCAUUCUUCUUCUAAGAAAAUACAGAACUAUACAGUGAGCAUUUUAGGUGGCAUGAAACAAUUCAGGAGUGACAUUAUAAACUUCACAUGUCUAAAAUGUCACUUUACAGAUACGUUAUAUUACAAUAUGAAGAAACAUGUGUUAAUGAACCACUUUCAGAACUUAAUAAGCACCUAUUUUGGCCUGAAACCUGAUGAAAGUGAUGAGAAUUUUGUUGAGAAUUUUGUUGAAUAUUACUGCAAAAAGUGUAAUGCCUCAGCAAACAGCCAAGAUUCUUUAAUGUAUCAUGUCUUGACAUCUGAAACACACAGAGAUCUGGAGAAUAAACUUCGAUCAGUGAUUUCAGAACAUAUUAAGAAGCCAGGCCUUGUGAAGCAAAUGCAUAUUGCUCCUAAGCCUCCCACAAGUAUAUCUGCUCCAUCCUUAGUUCCCUCCACUGUACCAGCUGGCUCAGUUACUUCUCCGGCUUGUAUUCAGCUUGCAUUUCCACGGAAUAAUCAAAACCAAGCUGUCAUACCAGCAAAAGCAGUUCCAAAUGCAGUCAGACCACUGCCUGUUUCAAGUGCCUCAGGUAGCAUUACACAUACCAUUUCUGCUCCAGGUGUUACUCCACCACAUGUUACGCUUGUAUCCAGUCCUCUUCCAGUAGGUCAGAAUAGUGUUAAUAUUCAACCGUCAGUUCCACAGCCUGUCUUUGUUUCCCAUAGGCUUCCCCUCAAUCAACCUGUCAGGCCAGGGAUUAUCCCCUUUAAUAAACCUGUUGGGACCAUAAAUAGACCUGUUGGUGCAGCAGUUCUUCCUCUCAACGAACCCGUCAGGCCUGGGCUUUUUCCUGUUAAUCAGCCCAUUGGUACAAUAAAUAGUUCAGUUGUAUCUGGGGCACUUCCCAUAACUCAGCCUGUAGGUCCUAUAACCAGACCUGUUGUACCGGGGGUUCUCCCAGUAAAUAGACCUGUUGCACCGGGGCUUCUUCCUAUGAAUCGACCAGUUGGGAAUGUGAAUCGACCUGUAGGUCCUGGGGUUCUGCCGAUGACCCAGACUGUCACGCCAGGGGUUCUUCAGCUUAAUCAGCCUGUUGCACCAGCUGUGGUUCCUGUUAGACAGCCUGUCAGACCUGGAAUUCUCCAGCUUAAUCAGCCUGCAAACUCAGGGAUUCUCCCUGUAAAUCAACCAGUCAGGCCUAGUGUUUCUCAAAACACUGCUUUCCUGACUACUGGGCCUAUACUGAGACAGUUGAUUCCAACGGGCAAACAGGUAAAUGGGAUCCCAACGUACACCCUUGCUCCGGUUUCAGUUACUUUGCCUGUUCCAGCUGGUGGUGGAGUAGCAACUGUUACACCUCCACAAAUGCCUAUUCAGUUAAUGCAGUCUGGGGCAGUAACCCAGCUCUCUCACUCUCCAGCCAGUGCACCUUCUCCUCCUGUAAUAGUCACUUCUUCCCAGAAUAUGUCUGUACCGGCUUCUCCUCCUGGCCCUGAAAUGAGCCAAGCUGUCAAACAGGCAAAGCAGUGGAAAACAUGCCCUGUUUGCAACGAACUUUUCCCAUCAAACGUCUACCAGGUGCACAUGGAAGUGGCUCAUAAGCACAAUGUGGUAAAAACUGAGGAAACCGUUGAUCCAGAAAAACUUGCAGCAUGUGCACCCUUUCUCCGGUGGAUGAAAGAGAAGACUGUCCGCUGUUUCUCUUGUAAAUGUUUCCUGUGUGAAGAAGAGCUUUUGAAACAUCUACUCAUGCAUGGUUUAGCUUGCUUGUUUUGUACGUUUACUUUCCACAAUCUAAAAAGUCUUGUUGAACACAAUAGGUCCGUGCACAAUGGGAAAAAGAAAUUGCAUGCAGAUUACAGCAACAGAGGCUUCCAAAUAGAUAACGAUGCUGAGGGGGAACUAAUAAUUCCACAUUUUGAUUUUAGUACAGUGUUGCCAAAAGAAGAACUUGGUGAAAAGGAAGUCCAUUUGGCAGUCCUUGUUGGAGUAAACUCGAGGACACUUGUACCUGUUUACAUCAAGGUGAAGCCUCAAACCACUGAAAUGAAUACUAGGGUCAGCAAAAAAGUAUUGACGUGCCCCUUUUGUUUUGGUACUUUUGUUGACAAAGAAGCCUAUGAACUGCAUUUGAAAGAGAGGCACCAUAUAAUGCCAACUGUGCACACAAUUUUAAAGUCACCUGCUUUCAAGUGUAUCCACUGCUGCGGGGUAUACACUGGAAACAUGACUCUGACAGCAAUUGCUGUGCAUUUGCUCCGCUGCAGAAGUGCUCCAAAAGAUAGCAACUCAGACAUGAAGAUGCAGCUUGAGCGUUCUGAAAAGAAAGACUUGAUGUUGGUCAAUGGUGAAAGGCAAGAUCCUGUUACCUUACCUGCUAAGAGAAAGCAAUCUGAUCUCUGCUCUGUUAUAGAGGACCAAAGGAACAAAGAACAGCAGCCACAGAUGUUAAAUGCCAGUACAGCUCUAGUUCCAGAAAAGGAAGGGAAUCAAGGAGGAGUGCCUUGCAAACGACAAAAAACUGAAAGCAGGAUAGAGAUAAAAGGGCCUCCUUCAAGUGAGGACCUCCAUAUUCUAGCAUUAGAUCCUAAACAGCAUGAACACAAGUCUCAUGAGGGUCAAAAGCAGUUUCUGAAAGAUUAUUUUCACAGGAGGCCCUACCCAUCUAAAAAGGAGCUGGAAUUACUGUCUUUGGAACUGGGUGCAUGGAAAGUUGAUGUUGCAUCCUUUUUUGGGAAAAGACGAUAUAUGUGCCUAAAGGCGAUAAAAAAUCGCAAACCAUCUGUGCUGCUAGGUUUCAGUAUGUCUGAACUUAAAAAUGUAAAGCACAGUUUGAGUUUAAAACCUGAAACAAAAGGUAUGUAAAAAGUGUUUUAAAACACCAGUAUAAAGCAAUCAACUGCAUCCUUAGUUCAGAAAUUUAUUGCAUUGGUUUAUUUCUUUUAACUUACAAACUGACCCAUUGGAGGGUUACGGUAGUACACAAAACCACACUCAGUUGUGACUGUUCUUGAACAAGGCAGCAAUGAUCUUAUAUCUGAAGAAGGUGCAUCCUUCAGAUUCAUUGUUCUGGGAACUUGUUUUAGCUGUUUACUUUCUUGUGGAGUAGUGGGGGGGGUGUUUUGUUUUCUUUUUUCCUCCGUUUUGAUUUUUAUGCUGCCAUGUAAAAUGUCUCUUUUGUUAAACUUCUCCCCUCCCUUCUUCCCCCCUCUCUCCCCGACAAUGUCAGCCUUUUUUCUAAAAAAAAAAUAAAGUUCAUAAUGUUGGUUAAAAUAUCGAGAGACAGUAGAUAAAAAUUUUGCCAACGGUGUUUGAUUUAAAUUUAUUUAAACUAAUUUUUUUCUUUUGUCCACUAAAGAACAUGAUUGUGUCAUUAAUGCUUCUCCCGCCAAGAAAAAAACAGAUUCCCACAAUCCUAGAGACAUUGUUAAGACCACAUUGUAUGGCAGAUCUUUUCUUCUUUAUCCUCCUUAAAAGAAAAGUACCUUUAUUAAUUACAGAUUCAAUAAUAUACAAUAGCUAGCCAGCAGCAGUGUUUUUGGGGAGGGGAAGUAUUGUCUUUCUAAUCUACUGGAAAUUGACUGAUUUAGGUUGUAAUUUCUCCUCCUGCCUCCUUCCAAAAUGCUAAACUCUCUUUAACUGGUAGGCAUUUUUACUGUCACUUUUUGCUGAUGUUGGAAAAUCUCUAGUCAAAUCCUGUACAUGAAAUUUCAAAGUCUGUUGACCAGCAUCUGGCUGCUUUCUUGUGUCAAGAAGUGAAAGUUGUAGAGAAUACCUGUUGUAAAAAUAUAUCAAAACAUCUUGGCACAGUGAGACAUUUUUAGGCUCACUUACAUAGCCAUAGCCCAAUCUUGAGUCACAAUAGCCAAUGGAAACCUGCUGGCUUUUAACAAGUGAUGGAUAAUGCAGUGAGUGGACAUUGUCCCUUCUAAUUACAAAUGAGAAAAUGGGUUCAAAGAGCAAACUCCUUUUCUUUUUAGAAUGGAGUCCAAAACUAGCCAAAAGCUGGAUUGGAUGAAUCGAUGAUAUGGGACCUUUCAGUCCCAUGUCGUUGAUGAAGUCAGUAAGUUCCUGUUGACUUCAGUGACUUAAAUUGGUCCUAUCGGGGCCAAGAGUCACUGCAACUUACUACUAAAGAUAAUUCAGUGAUCUAAAACCAGUAGAUCUAGUGAUUUUUCUAGUGAAUGUGCAUCUCAUUGCAAAGACUACCUCAGUGAUUACCGUCAAAGAACUAACAGGGGUAUGGAAAAUGAAAUAUUCUUAAAACAAAUUAGGUCCGUGAUCUGUAGUUCCUCAUGUUAUUGUUGCCCUACUGUACUUGCUCUUUGAAUAAAUUUAGUUUUGGUCGGGUCAAAAUGACAGAUUCCAAAAUCACUAGAAUACCACUAAGCUGAACUGUUUACUAUGUUUCUUAAAUAAUUUGUUGUUGGUUUUGUGGCAUUCUAGUGAUUUUUCUUUGGAAGGUGUCAUCCUGAUCUGGUCAAAACUGAUAUAGAAAUUAAGACUACACCACUAACAAUUUUUGUGCAAUUGAUUUACAUGAUGAAAGUCAGUCUUUUCCUAGCCAACAGGUAUUCUUUUCAAGCCUAUUUCUUUAAUUCAGUUUUAAUUGUAACUUUGGCCAUUUUUAUGGAGUUAUCUAACAAGGCUUGAGGUUUUGAAAGAAUGCUGGCUGCCCAUUUGAGUUUCCACUAUUUAAAGUAUAUUUUGGAUACAAUCUUAAUAUUUUCUUACCUGAAACUUUUUUAAAUGCUGUCAUAUAUUUAGAAUUCUGGUAACUUUUUUUUUCAUUUUAAAACACUAAUUUGGAAUCUACCAUCUGGCAAAACAGACAUUUUGUGCAAACAUUGAACUGAAAUUCUGUAUAACACCAUACUCAUUUGGGAUGACAGAGGGUGAAGAAAGAUAAAUAACACAUUUUACUAUUUUUUCCCAUUGGUAUGCUAAGAGUAAUGUCCCAAUAAGAGCCUCUAAAAACUAAUCUGAACUGUGAUUUGGCUAAGUUUAGUUUUUGAACCAAUUUAGUAGGGAGAUCUGGGGAGAGAGAGUCUGUUCCAUAAAAAUGUCAACUUGAAAAAUAAAGCCAAUAGGCAAAGGAUAUAUAUUAUGGGUCAGAUCCAUUUCUGUUGCAACUCUCUUGUCAAUGGAGUUAUUUUAGGGAGGAAUUUAGUGGUACAAAUCUACCAAAAAAAAAAGAAAAAACAAAAAAAACCCUUAGGUUAUGUUGUUUAAGACAGCUUUUUAUAUAAUGAGUCUUGGAGCAGGGAAAGUCAAGAAGUGAUAUUAUAGUUCCACCUUGGUAUAGGGGUGGAGGAAGCAGAAUGGCUUAACUCAAGUUUUCUUGUAUGCUGUCCAUUGACAUUGUUAAGCAUUUUUAUCUCUUUGGACUUUGAUUUCACAGUUUCAAAUAAACCAACUUUUUAACUUUG